AUGAAUGAAGUGAAUAAGGACUAUUUCAGAUGGAAAACAGCAUUCAGAACUGAAAAAUACUCUAGGAGGCAUAAUAAAGAAGUGAACAUUAACAAUGCUAGGAAAUGGUUGGAUCAUAAUGAUAUAGUGGUCACUAGGGCAGAUAAGAGUAAGCAUUUGGUAUUAAUGAAGAAAUGCAGGUACAAUGAAGCCCUGGAGGAUUAUAUAGAAAAAACAGAAUGUGAAGAAGUGGACCGAGGUAUAGUUGAAAGAAUUGACAGAAAAUUAAGGAAAUUGGAAAAAUCGCCCAUAGCAACAUUAUUCCCGUUCCUAAAAGGUGCCCACAUCGCCUGCCCAGGUGUACUUAGGUUGUUUGGAUUUGCAAAAAUACAUAAAAACAGUAGAGAGAUCAGACCAGUAGUAGAGAAAUGUAAAGGACCGACCUACAUUCUAGAAAAACGUAUGCAUAGGCAUUUAACACAACUGUUGGAGGACUACAGAUUUGUUACAAAAGACACGUUUAGUUUGGUUAAUGACCUACAUGAUCUAUCUUUAAUGGACAAUGAGAUUAGGACGGUUAUGGAUUUCGAGAGUAUGUUUCCAUCAAUAAAUCUUGCCUCAUGUUUUGAUGAAUUGGUGAACCUUUUAUGUGGGUUAUACCCAAAAGCAUCCGAACACAGUAAAGAUCUAGAGAUAAUGGUUGAUUUGGUUUGCUUUCAGUCAUUUUUCGGUUUCCAAGGUAAAGUUUAUAAGCAAUUAAGGGGAGUCCCGAUGGGCAGCCCGAUGUCUGGCCUGCUGUGUGAGUUAGUGGUUAGAAAAAUGGAAAGCAUGACGUUGUUCAACUACAAUGAAUACAUAAUCAUGUACAGAAGAUAUGUAGAUGAUGUUCUAAUUAUUUGGAAGAAUGACAAAAUAAUACAACAAUUCUUGAACCUGAUGAAUUCUAACCAACAUAAAUUAAAACUUAACCUGGAGCAAGUUAGUAACAAGGAGUUGCACUUCUUGGACGUUGGUGUUGAAUUUAAGAAUGGAACUUUAUGCACUAAAGUGUACAUCAAGCCCACACAUGACCCGAUGUACAUACCGGUGACUUCUAAUGAUCCAACAGUUUAUAAGCUAUCCGCCUUUAGGGUGCUAGUCAGAGCAUUUUUGUAUUGCUCGAAUGUAAUCAACACGAUGGAAGAGCUGGGUAGGAUCAAAAACGUUGCAAAAGAGUUAGGGUUUGGAACAAGAUCUAUAGAGCGUUUAAUUUAG